GGGAUUAAGACAAUGAUAUAGGUUAACGGAAGCACCAAUGUCGCAUGCAAAGCCAUUUGUUUCUGCUAUCACACAGCUUAUAUAAACUCACUUCCUCUUCUCAACAACUUCAUCAAUCAUCACUCUUCUCUCUUCUCUUUUCUCUUCACUCAUACUUUCUCACUUUCUUCACUGCGCAACCAUGGAUGUUGAAGCUCCCGCCAGAGACCCCUCCAGAUUCGAUGAUGAUGGAAGAGUCAAAAGAACCGGGAACGUGUUCACUGCUACGACGCACAUAGUGACGGUGGUGAUCGGAGCAGGAGUGCUGGCUCUGGCAUGGGCCAUGGCCCAACUUGGAUGGAUUGCUGGGAUAUCUGUUAUGAUUGCAUUUGCAUGCAUUUCCAUGUGCACUUACUAUUUCAUAGCUGAUUGCUACAGAUUUCCUGACCCAGUCACUGGCAAGAGAAACUACACUUACAUGCAAGCCGUCAAUUCAUACCUAGGCGGAAAAAUGCACGUGUUUUGUGGAGCGGUUCUGUAUGCGAAGCUCGCUGGGGUUACAGUGGGCUACGCUAUAACUAGUUCUAUAAGCAUGGUGGCAAUAAAGAAAGCCAUUUGCUUUCACAAACAUGGCCAUGAUGCUUAUUGCAAGUUUUCAAAUAAUCCCUAUAUGGUUGGCUUCGGGGUCCUGCAAGUUUUAUUGUCUCAAACCCCAAAUUUCCAUAAGUUAACGUGGCUUUCAACCAUGGCUGCCGCUACCUCUUUUGGUUAUGCUUUCAUUGGAAGCGGGCUUUCUCUGGCAGUGGUGAUUCAAGGUAAAGGACAACCAACAAGUUUAUUUGGAAAAAAAAUAGGACCAGACCUAACGCAAGAAGAAAAAGUUUGGAAGGUUUUCAGUGCUUUGGGAAACAUUGCACUUGCAUCCUCUUUUGCUACAGUUAUUUAUGAUAUAAUGGACACAUUGAAGUCAUCUCCACCAGAAAACGUACAGAUGAAAAGGGCCAAUAUAUUAGGAAUCUCAGCAAUGACAAUACUUUUCAUCUCAUGUGGUGGACUUGGGUAUGCUGCUUUUGGAAAUAACACACCUGGGAACAUCCUCACUGGCUUUGGAUUUUAUGAGCCCUACUGGCUGGUCGCCCUUGGCAAUGUUUUCAUUGUACUCCAUAUGGUGGGAGCAUAUCAGGUAAUGGCUCAACCACUGUUUCGUGUAAUUGAGAUGGGAGCUAACAUAGCGUGGCCUCAUUCAGAUUUCAUUAACAAGGGCCACCCAAUCAAAAUGGGGUUCUUAUCAUGUGAAGUAAACUUUUUUAGGCUUAUUUGGAGGACAGCAUAUGUGGUAAUAGCCACAGUUCUUGCCAUGGCCAUGCCAUUUUUCAAUGAGUUUCUUGGCUUGCUUGGAGCAAUUGGGUUCUGGCCUCUCAUUGUUUUCUUCCCUAUACAAAUGCACAUUGCGCAGAGACAGAUCAAAACACAAUCAUUGAAGUGGUAUGCUCUUCAGCUAUUGAGCUUGAUAUGCUUCCUGGUUACAGCUGCUGCUGCAAUUGCAUCCAUUCGUGGAAUUAGCAAGAACAUAAAAAAAUACAAACUUUUUAAAUAUAAACAAUAGAGACUUGCAUUUGAGAUGUGUGAAGAUAGCUAGAGGUAGACAGAAAGAGAAAAUUUAUCUGAAUAAUGUGAAAAUUAUUUGUAAGCUGCAUUAGUUCGACUUACUCUUCAUGAGCAGCAUUAUUCCAAUUAUUAAAAAAACUCUCUUGGUUACAUUAAA